UUUUUCAUACUGAUUUUAAUUUUUGCUCUGAUUUAACUUUGGGGAGUAAUUACUGUCGGACCUCACAGUUCAUUUCCUCCUCCUCCCAAUUUCAUCAGUCGGACUUCGAUUUUAAACACCCCAAUUUUGGAUAGCCCUCGAAAUACGAUUUCUACUAAGGUGUAUUUAAAACCGAGGUCAAGGCUCAUUAUAAGCUCGUCCUUUAAAAAUAAAAUUUAGUGUAUUUUAUGAUGAGUGUUUUAAAUGAGGUGGUGGGGUCAAGGAGUCUCUAGGGUCUUUCUCUCUCUAAGGGUCUAUCUCUCAAGUCGGUCAAGGGGUCUCCUUGAUCAAUCGACUUUUAAAUGCGGUAUCGCCUUCCUUAGGGAGUAUCUUAAAACGAAGUCCGAUUCUUGAGGUCCGAAUCAGCGUUGACGUACCUAGAACAAAGUCAGACUUUCCUAAUUUGUUUAACUAACUUUCAAAACAUUUUUCAGACGUUCUGAUUUUUAAUUCUGAUAUUUUUUUAAUUUUUGAAUGGGCAAUACAAUAGACAUCAACAAAGACAAAGUCCAUUUAAAAUCGUUUACCUGCAGCAAAGCUUCCCUUCAUUUUCCUCAUUCUUCUUCACCCUCCAAACAACCCUCACCCUCCAAACAACCUUCUUCACCCUCCAAACAACCUUCACCCUCCAAACAACCUUCACCCUCCAAACAACCCUCACCCUCCAAACAACCUUCUUCACCCUCCAAACAACCUUCACCCUCCAAACAACCUUCACCCUCUUCUACUACCAAAACAACACCCAACAAAAAAGCCUUGUUUUCAAACUCAAAAGAAGAAUUUUCUCAACCUUCCUCCCCUUCCUCCUCUAAAAAUCAAAAUUCUUCAACUCCCCAAAAAUCCCCAAAAAUUCCCAGUAACCCUUCAAAACCCCCUCAACGUCGCCGCUCUGCUGUUGAAUUGCUCCAAUCUUUAUGGAAACAACGACAGAGGAGGGAACACAGAUCAGUCUCUAGUUGUUCUCUGUUACAGAUUGAAAGCCCCCCAAAUGUGGUUAGUCCAGAUUCUGUUGUGGCUUUGGAAGCGAGUUUGAAGGAACCUGAAACUUUUGAUGCUCUAAUGAGAUGGGGAUUACUUAAAGUUUCAGUAGACACAAUGGCAAUAACUGCACUCCCACUUGAUUGUUGGUUAAAAGAAAGGCUAAAAAAUUGGGUUCAGCUAUCAGGGCAUCAAGGCUAG